UUAUCCUUGUUGAGAGUUUCGCAAUAUAUUUUUAUUGCAGCAGUCUCAACGAAAGCGUCGAAGCAACCGAAUCGCAUCCAAAUCGAACACCCGACAAAUCGGCGUCUGCUUCCUCCCAGCUCUAGUGAAUAUACACAUAUUUCCAGCAACAACCCACCUAAACUAAACUACAACUAUAAAACUAAAGCCAAACUCAACUAAGUAAACGAACUGAACUAAAACUGAAGCCAGAAGCUGUUACAACUUUUACCAUUUCUUGCUUCAAAACUAAACUUAGAACCGGAAUUAUAAUUAGAACAAACACAACCAAGUGAGCAAAAUGAACGACAGUCGACGCAACACGGCCACGGAAUUCAGUUACAUUUUGCAGCGUCAGGGCAGCGAUGUGUCGGUUGCCGAGGCUUAUGCAUUCGAUGACUUCAACAAUUUAAUGAAGAACAACCAUCAGACACAUCAGCAACAGGGCCAGCCGCAGCAGCAUCAGCAUCCACAUCAGCAACAGCAACAACAACAGCAGCAGCAGCCACAACAGCAACAACCACAUCAGCAGGAUGCUGUCCUGGGAGAGGCAUUGUCUUCCCUCCCCCAGGCCUCGUUCAACUACAUAAACUCCAUCGUGGGCAGCGGCGUCAUUGGCAUACCCUAUGCCCUCCACCGCGCCGGAUUCGGUCUCGGCCUGGCCCUGCUCAUCCUGGUGGCCUACAUCACCGACUACUCGCUCAUCCUCAUGGUCAGGUGCGGCCACAUUUGCGGUCGGUUCAGCUAUCCGGGCAUUAUGGAGGCCGCGUACGGCAAGUACGGCUACUACCUGCUCUCCCUCCUCCAGUUCAUGUAUCCCUUUCUGGCCAUGAUAUCCUACAAUGUUGUGGUGGGUGAUACGCUGUCCAAGGUCCUUGUCAGGUUCUUCCCCUCCUGGGGCGGUUCGAUGGGCGCCGUUCGGCUGGGCGUGGUCUUCUUUGUGAAUGUGGGCGUGGUCAUGCCCCUAUGUCUCUACAAGAACGUCUCCCGGUUGGCCCGGGCCAGUUUCAUUAGCCUGGCCUGUGUGGUCUUCAUUUUGUUUGCGGUCAUCAUCAAGCUCAUGUCCGGCGAUUAUAAAGUUACGGAUACGGCGGAAUCGUGGCGCUUUGCUAACUCUGACCUCAUCCCGGCCACAGGCAUCAUGGUCUUCGCUUUCAUGUGCCAUCACAAUACCUUCCUCGUUUAUCAAUCGAUGCGCGAAGCGACCAUGGAGCGAUGGGAGAAGGUCACCCACAUUUCGAUUGGAUUCGCCUGGACUGUGGCGGCCCUCUUCGGCAUCGCCGGCUACUCCACCUUCCGCGCCCUCUCCCAAGGAGACCUUCUGGAAAACUACUGCUGGGAUGACGACCUGAUGAACUUCUCGCGUGUCCUCUUCUCCAUAUCCAUACUACUGACCUUUCCCAUCGAAUGCUUCGUCUCCCGAGAGAUUGUGCGCGCCCUCGUCCAUCGUUUCGUGCUAAAGGAGCCCAUCAGCGAGUUCACCCAGGACAAGGACCCCAGCCUGGAGAAGGGAGCCGAGAUCGAUGAGUAUUCCAAAGCCAUUACCAUGGCCAUCGUGUUCAGCGCCUUUGUCAUUUCGCCCAUGACCGACUGCCUUGGAUCGGUGCUGGAGCUUAACGGUCUCCUGGCCGCCAUCCCACUGGCCUACAUCCUACCCGGCCUGGCCUACAUCCAGAUGGAGCCGCACGCCCUCCUCAGCCGCGAGAAGCUGCCCGCCCUGGGCCUGGUGGUGUUCGGUGCCCUGGUGACCAUACUGGGGGCGGCGGUGCUGCUGCCCGGCCUGAUGGGCGGAGACUGCCGGGCAGACAUUGUGAUGGGCUACUGCCGGCAGGAGUUCCAGAACGCCACAGCCUCGAAUUAAGCACUGGACGAUGGCAG